AUGGACGUUGCAGGGUGGGCUUGGUGGGCGGGUUUUGACCCGGGGGGGUACAGGCGCAGUGGGGGGGCCGCAGGUGGUGCAUGUGAUGAGAUUGGGGGGUGGUGUGCCGGUGCUAGUGGGUUGUCGCAUCUUCUCCCUGAUUGUGGGGGGGUGGUACACGGGUCGGUCCCUACUCCUUCCGUUGGGCUAGUCUUGCGACUGUUGGGCUCCGUCUUCGUGCUACUCUUCCUGGGUCUUUUUUUGAACGCGCGGGACGAUUGGGCUUUUGUGAGGGCGGAGGAGUGUUCGGCCGCUAGUGCUGAGGUACAGCGGCGUCUUGGGUCUGGUGGGAUUGACGUCGGGGGGGGUGUGGGAGCGGAUGAUUGA